AUGAAGAUGGCCGAUGGAACAUUAAGUUUGCGGAGAAAUAGGCCUGGUACUAAAGCAAAGGACUUUAGCCGAUGGCCUGAUGAACCUUUCGAAGAAAUGGACAGCACUCUUGCUGUUCAACAAUAUAUACAGCAAAUGAUACGUAAUGAUCCAUCAAAUAUAAAUUUUAUAUUAUGCAUGCCAGACGCUCAAGAUGAAGGUGUUUGGAAAUAUGAACAUUUAAGACAGUUUUGCAUGGAGUUAAAUGGCUUAGCAGUUAGACUUCAAUCAGAUUGUCAUCCAGAUAUUUGCACUCAAAUGACUGCUACAGAACAGUGGAUAUUUCUUUGUGCUGCUCAUAAAACACCUAAAGAAUGUCCAGCUAUUGAUUAUACAAGACAUACACUUGAUGGUGCCGCAUGUCUCCUAAACAGUAAUAAAUACUUCCCAAGUCGAGUCAGUAUUAAAGAAUCAUCUGUAGCAAAAUUGGGAUCAGUAUGUCGGCGAGUAUACAGAAUUUUUUCACAUGCAUACUUUCAUCAUAGGACUAUUUUUGAUGAUUUCGAAGCUGAAACAUAUUUAUGUCGUCGAUUCACACAAUUUGUAACAAAGUACAAUUUAAUGUCUAAAGAUAAUUUAAUUGUACCAAUGACUGAGGAGGAAACAGUUGGUGAAUCGGAUGCGUAGUUAGUAAAUAAAUUUUCAAAAACUGUUCCAGCAGCCACUCAAAAAUAAAUUUCUCGUGUAUAUUAUCGUCUAUGUCGUUUACUAAAAAUAUAUUUUACUGGGAUCGCAACUAUCCUAACAAGACACUAAUGAACAUUCAAAUUCAAAAUCAUCUUUCAAACUACGUAAAUUUUUUCCAGUUUAUCGUUCAAACAGCUGUUAAAUCGUAAAGUACUCAGCAAAUAAUAUGUGUUAAAUUUUUUAAUUAGAAAUUGAGUGUGCGUUGAUUAGAAGUAAAUCACUGCUGGAAGAUACACAUUAGUUAAAACUAUACCUUAACAUGAAUUAAACAUUACUUAAGACCGUACAAUUGAUUAGGAGUUUGAGGAGAAUUGAAAUCUCGUUGAAACCAAUUAAAGGAUAUGUUUCGAUAUACCCUCUGAAUUCAAAUUAAUUUUAGUAAAAACGAAUACUAAACUAACGAAACAAAAAUCUAAAAAUCUGUUUUUCAAAAAUUAAUGUUCGAAAUUAUCGUUAAAAACUCGCGAAAAUGGUAUUUAUUUAUGAGGUUCUAAAUGAUAUUAAUAGGGAGGGAGCAAAAUGGAAAAUACUGGCUGCAUAGGAAUGACAACCAAUUAUACCUCCAUGCCUUAGAAUCUACGGCGUAAGGAACUUAUCACGUGAUUGCAAUAUUCUAAACUAUCCAAAAUAUCGUAGCCCAGAAAAUUGACUUUAUUUUAAAAAAAAAAUUACAUUUAACGUGUAAUAUUUAUGUUUUCAUCCUGGAUUUGGAGCUUUUUUCCUUAAGCUUACUUGCGUUAUAAACAAAAGUCUGUGUAGCAAUUAGUUAUGGUAUUUCGAACUUACUACUUCAAGCUUUCUUAAACAUAAAAUCUUGUUUACUGUAGGAAUGUCGAAAAAAUAUC